UUUCAACUCAUUGGCCUUUAUAACAAACCAAACUGGUAGCAGCAUCGGUACACCUUUCUAGUUGGUUAAAUCUCCCAUGGAUUCCCAAUUUUUUUACUUCUUCGUCCUUGUCUCAUUUUUCCUCUCAAUGCUUGUGGCAUUGAAAAUGGGGAAGAAUCUCAUGAAAAAAGCUCCAGCUCCAAACCUACCUCCAGGACCAUGGAAGCUACCUAUUAUUGGACACAUACAUCAUCUACUUACAUCUACCCCACAUCGAAAAUUGAGUGACUUGGCCAAAACACAUGGAUCCUUGAUGCAGCUACAACUUGGAGAGAUCUCUGCAAUUGUUGUUUCCUCACCAGAGUAUGCUAGGGAGAUAUUUAAAACCCAUGAUGUCAAAUUUGCAUCUAGGCCUAACAUUGUAGCUCUAGAAAUGCUAACAUAUGGAUUCAAAGAUAUUGGCUUUUCACCUUAUGGAAAUUAUUGGAGGCAACUGCGAAAAAUAUGCACAAUUGAGCUUUUGACUCAAAGUCGUAUCAAUUCAUUCCGGCCAAUAAGAGAAGAAGAGCUCUCCAAUCUCAUCAAAAGGAUUGAUUUGCAACAAGGAUUGCCUGUCAACAUCACUGAACUUGUACUUACAACAAUGAUUUCUAUCAUUUCAAGGGCUGCGUUUGGCGACAAAUGCAAAGCCCAAGAACAGUUUGCGUCAUUGGGAAAUAUAGGAUCAAUUGGAGGAGGUUUUGAAAUAAUUGAAUUAUUUCCUUCAGCCAAAUGGCUUCAACUUAUAUUUAAUCAAAGGCCUAAACUUAAGAGGUUGCAUAGACAACUUGAUCAGAUACUUGAAAACAUCGUCAUUCAACAUAAAGAAGCAAAGUUAAAAGAAAAAGAAGGACAAACUGAAGCAGAAGAUCUGGUAGACGUUCUUCUAAAGUUUCAGGGUGGUGAUGACAGCGACCAAGAUAUAUCCUUGACCAACAACAAUAUUAAGGCUAUACUCUUGGACAUGUUUGGUGCUGGAGGUGAUACAUCAGCUUUGAGCGUAGUUUGGGCAAUGGCAGAGUUGGUAAGAGAUCCAAGAGUGAUGAAGAAAGCACAAGAUGAAGUGAGAGAAAUAUACAACAUGAAGGGAGCUUUUGAUGAAAGUUGUAUGCAUGAACUCAAAUACGUGAAGUCAAUUGUGAAAGAGACCCUGAGGUUACACCCCCCAGGUGCUCUUUUACUUCCAAGAGAAUGUAGAGAAGCAUGUGAGAUUGAUGGGUAUCAUAUACCAAUGAAAACAAAGCUGAUAGUUAAUGCAUGGGCAAUCGGAAGAGAUCCAAGGUACUGGACGGAACCAGAGAGGUUUUAUCCAGAGAGAUUCAUUGGUAGUUCUAUUGACUACAACGGGAAUAAUUUCGAGUACAUUCCUUUUGGUGCUGGAAAAAGAAUAUGCCCAGGCAGUAAAUUUGGUUUGAUGAGUCUUGAGCUGGCACUUGCAAUGUUGUUGUAUCACUUUGAUUGGAAGCUUCCCAAUGGAAUGAAAUGUGAAGACUUGGACAUGACUGAGAAAUUUGGAGUGACAGUUAAAAGAAAAGAUGACUUGUACUUGAUACCUAUUGCUCCUCCAUCAUCUAUGGCAUGAUAAUUUACCAAACAAGCAAAGUAAAAUUUACUUUUGAAAUAAUGCUUUAUCCGUCUUUGUUGGGUUUAAUAGAGACAAGGAAUUUCUAAAUUUACAUGUGUCCAGUGUCAGUGAAAUUGUGUUACGAACCAAUUGUAAAAUAAUGUCGUUUUUUAUUAAAAUGACUCUUUGA